GUGUGCGCGUUUAUUUAUAUAGAGGCGAACAUGGUCACUAAUCAUCAGUGAAUUAAAUACUGUACGAAGACAUGGAGCAAAAUGGCGAUGGUAAACCGAAAAAGCCUAUUAUUUUUGACGGAAUGGCAUUGCCGCCAUUUCCUCCCCUCGUAAAAGAUGCAAAGGAAAGGUUUGAAGAAAUCAGGGACCUGCCUUGUAGGGAAGACGAUGUUUUACUGGUUAUCUAUCCGAAAUCAGGAACCCACUGGGUCUGGGAAAUUGUCUGCAUGUUACUAAAAAAGAAAGCCGAAUACAUGAAAGAAACAAAGGAGUUUUUCUUUUUGGAAGCCAUACCAGACAUGAGCGUAGUUCAUAAUCUGGCCUCUCCAAGACCACUUAACACGCAUGUACCCUACAGAUGGUUACCAAAGCAGCAUAUAGAAAAUGGAGGAAAGAUUGUCCAUGUUCUGAGGAAUCCUAAAGAUGUUGCCGUAUCGAUGUGUCAUCAUUUCAACAAUACUAGAGAAUUUGGUGAACCUUUAGACUUCAAGACAUUUUAUGAGAAAUUUUUCAUGGGCCCAGUUCAGUUAUUUGGAGGCUGGUUUUCAUAUGAGAAGGAAUUUGAAGAAGCGGAAGCAAAGGACACAGGUUCCGCUAUUUUCACAUUGCAUUAUGAAAGUUUGAAAAAGAAUCCAGUACAGGAAACCAAAAAGCUAGCUAAAUUUUUAAACGUUGACGUGAACGAUGAACUUAUAGCUGAAAUAGUGGACAAAUGUAGCUUUAAAAAGCUGAAAGAAGCUAAUGACACAAUGAAAGACAUUAUAAAGAUAAUUCCAGAGGAAAUGAAACAUGAAGGAAAAGCUAAGGAGAUUAUGUCAAAGUUGUAUCGUAAGGGAGAGAUUGGGGAUUGGAAGAACCAUUUUACUGUGGCUCUAAAUGAACACUUUGAUGCAAUGUUCAAUGAAGAAAUGAAAGAUUCUAAAAUUCAAGUGCAAUAUGAAUGAAAUGAUAUGUAUUAAACAAAGAUAAUUUUAUUACUCUUUAUGAACAUCAAAACGCAAACUACAAAAAAAUCUUUGAGCCUAGAAAAAAUAUCAUCAUUCUUGAACAAUUUAUCAAA